GUCACUUCCGCGCCAUGCGGUGUGUAUUGCACGAUCUGUUGUAAGGUGGGUGUGCGACCGGAAAGCAGUUGGAAAUUCCAGUAUUACGUCCGCUUACAGAUUCACCAUGGAGGAUUCCCUGCCCUUCCCUGACCUUGACACUGACACACCGACGACCUUCGCUCAGCUGUGGAACGACACGAUAACUGAGGCGGACUUCGGUGUCCAUCCGUAUGAAGGCAGCCUGCUUCCCUUUUCCAGUGACAUGGGAGAGUUUUUCCAGCAGAUGGAAGGGAAUGUUCGGAACGUCAGUAACGACCACAGUUACAGCCAGCAUUCCGACCAGUCAGAACAGGACACAGCAACACCGGGGAUGGAGGCACAGGACAGGUCCCCGCAGGUGACCUCCAGCGUGACCUCUGGCCCAUCGGCGACCUCCUCGGACGUCCCGUCCACCACGGUGUACCCCGGACCGUACAGCUUCCAGGUGGGGUUCCCCCCGCAGACCCUCAAACCCAAGUCCAAGAAGCUGGCCUGGACCUGGUCUGAACCAUGCAAGAUGCUCUACGCUGACUUCAACAAGAUUUGUCCCUUCAACUUCAAGACGGUGCGCCCCCCUCCCGCGGGGUGUAUAAUCCGCGCCAUGGCGGUGUACCUGAAACACGAGCACAUCGGGAUGCCCGUCAAGCGCUGCGCAACGCACCGCGAAAACGACUUCAACAACUCGGACCCGCCCGCACACUUCCUGCACUGCCGGGGGAAGGCUGUCGAGUACCGGCAGGACCCCAGCACAGGGAGGCACUCGGUCAUCAUCCCCUACGAACAUCCGCAAGCGGGUACGGAGUGGUCCACCAUCCUGUACAAGUUCAUGUGCCGCAGCACGUGUCUGAAUCGACGCAGCAUGGCGGUCGUCUUUACACUGGAGGACUGCAGCGGCAGCGUCUUGGGUCGUCAGGCCGUGAAGAUUAAGAUCUGCUCCUGCCCGGGGCGAGACCGGGAACAAGACGAGGAGGGACUCCUUCCGCAGCCCGCACCUGGAUCUAAGAAACGGCCCAUCACAGACUCCAAGACGUCUCAAAAGAAGCGUAAGAAGUCCAGCGUGACCAGCAGCAGCACCACACAAGACGGGGAAGUCUUCACAGUAAACUGGCAGAUCCACGGCAGGAGGAACUACGAGACGCUGCUGAGAGUAAAGGAAGCUCUGGAGGCGCAACACCGGUGUGAGACUGACCCACAACACCAGUGUGAGACAGACCCUCAACACCGGUGUGAGACAGAUCCACAGGUCAUGGCCCUUGUCAGACCAGAGGUGGGGCCAGACCAGCAACAGCCUCCCACAGAGCCGACGCCCGGCAACCACACAGCCAAUCACAGCCCGGCUCUCAGCAGGUCACAGGGCUCACACAGUUCCCAGGUCAGGUACACGCUGCGCCGGACCAUCUCCAAACCCAAAUCCUGGGAGUGAACGACCUCCAGUAACCUCCGACAUGUCCUUAUUAGGAAGAAAGGACCAAAUACAGUUAUGAGGAGGCUGGGAGCCAAUCAGGGCAGCCGAUUCAGGCCAACAGCAUCAACCAAUGGGAGCCCUGGGUUCUGUCACUGUUCUUGUUACCCCGGCAACAGUUAACCAACGCUUCAGGUUACCAUGGUAAUGCCCUAACACUUAGGAAAACAGAAUGUCAUAACUCUGGGGAGCCAAUCACGAGGUGCCGACUCACAGUGGUUGCCAUUGGUUACAGCCAAUGAGAGCAGAGAUGAGGAUAAAUUCCUCCUUGUGUUCUUUUUGUAGAUUAUAAAGACCAAUAUAUAUUAUUGAUAUAACCUAUAUCAUAGUUCAUUAUUUACCUUUGUAGUUUAGAAGUAUUAUUGAUAACAAUUAUUGAUCAUUUUAUACCUUUAUUAAUGUAGUCUACAGGAUUUUCUGUAUAAUGUACAUGUAGUUCAGUGAGGU